AUGGGCCGCCCAAGACUCAUCAUCCUCAUCAGGCACGCCCAGUCCGAGGGCAACAAGAACCGCGAGAUCCACCAGACGAUCCCCGACCACCGGGUCAAAUUGACGCCGGAAGGAUGGCAGCAGGCCCGCGAUGCCGGCCGCCGGUUGCGCGCCAUGCUCCGCCCUGACGAUACCCUGCAGUUCUACACCUCGCCGUAUCAACGAACGAGGGAGACCACUGAAGGGAUCCUCGAGACGCUGACCUCGGACGACCCCGACCCGUCCCCCUUCAAGCGGACCAAUAUGAAGAUCUACGAGGAGCCCCGCUUGCGCGAGCAGGACUUUGGCAACUUCCAACCCUGCAGCGCCGAGAUGGAGCGCAUGUGGCAGGAGCGUGCUGACUACGGUCACUUUUUCUACCGUAUCCCCAAUGGCGAGAGCGCUGCUGACGCAUAUGAUCGUGUCUCGGGCUUCAACGAGAGCCUCUGGCGCCAGUUCGGCGAAGAAGACUUCCCCAGCGUCUGUGUCUUGGUAACACACGGACUCAUGUCUCGCGUCUUCCUGAUGAAGUGGUACCACUUCUCAGUCGAAUAUUUCGAAGACCUGCGCAACGUCAACCACUGCGAGUUUCUCAUCAUGACGAAGCAGAAAGACAGCGGCAAAUACGACCUCGAGAACAAGCUCCGAACCUGGUCGGAGCUGCGGCGAGAGCGGGCCGCCCUCCAGGCCAAGGAGGACGAAGCCAAGGGCCUAGCCGAUGCCGGCAAGGAGAAGUCGCCCAACAAGCUCGAGAGGCAAAACUCGGUCCCCAUCCCGAUGCGCAGAUGGGGCGGCUGUCCCCAGGGCUGCAACCACGGCAAGACCUUCAAGAUACGACGUGACUUGGCUGAGCUGCGGCUGCAUGACGAAAACGAUGCCAAGAUCGGCUUUGCUCAUGCUGUACCCGACGCCCACGCCACUAUAGCCAGUCGCAGAGCCCCAGGCAAGCGUGUUCAACGCCCCACCAACUCUGAAGAUGACUCUGAUGACCCCCGUGGCAAGCUAACCCCACACAUCGACGUUACCAAGGCACAGGAAGAAGUCGUUUCCUCGCCCGAUGGAACCCCUUCAUUCAUCACCGUCGACGACCGGAUUCGAAACGCUCUCAAGACUCCUCAGAUACACACAUUCCUUCACGUCGGUCGCGACUUUGGAGGAACCUAUUCGGGACAUGCAUCUGAGGAGGAGGAGCUGUCCGAGAGCGACGCUCGCGAGCGUCUCGCAUCCAAGGCUGCCCGCGUUAAGCACGGCGGGACGACGACGACGGCGACGGCGACGGCGAACGGCAAGGGCCCAGCCUGGCACCCGAGCGUCCGGCACACCCACGCCCACGCCAAUCGGCUCGGGGACGCCCCGGGGAACUCGGAUCAGGGGUCGGAAGGAGGCGACGAGGCCGAGAUUGAAGACGACCUCGACAAGGCCGAGAGGGAGGAUAAGAGUAUAAGAGGAAGCGUGUACUAAAGCAAGCGCGGGCGGGCAGGCAGGCUCUUUUUGUAUAUGGCCUGGCCUGGAUCGCUUGUACCGGACGGGUGGUUUUUAAAUCGUUUCAGAACACGGCAGCGAUACCCUUCAUAACUACGGAUAGAGAGAGCAAAUAUGAGAAGGUCCCCUGGGACUAUGUAGUAUGACGGAUGACCGACUUCUUUUUUACUGUUUGUGACGAGGGUAUAAGAGCGAUGGGCAGUCAAUUUGCGUUACUGUGCCAUCAGUCACUAUUAGAACCAACUCGGGGCUCACAGUAUUUAUAUUGUUGUAUGUCUUUCUUCUAUCUACGUUAUCAACGUGUCGUCGCAACAUAACCCCCCCUGUAUGCCAGUAUGCUGUUGUAUGUCUUUUUCCCAUCUACGUUAUCGACAUGUCGUCGCAACACAACCCUCCCCCGCCCUAUAUAUAUCUAGCCUUGUCGUAAGGCGCAGUACACACGUAUUUCUUCCUAUAGACGCGUGACGCUAGCC